AUGACGAACAACAAAAACAGAAACGUUAUUAGAAGAAGAAAUGAAAGGACAAAAAGAAAAACGAACGCCACGGGAGCAGCAGCAGCAGCUUCUGCGGUUGAAGAAGAAGAGGAGGCAAAAAAUACAACAGAACAAGUCCCUACUUGGGCCGCGAGAGAAUUCACAGAGGAAGGGAGGGUGUUCACAGAAACAUUUCCUAUUCGUUUCGAUGAAGUUGGUCCGAAUAAGUUGGCAGAUAUGGGUACCAUGGCGAGAAUAUCCCAGGAGUGCGCGUGCAACCAUGCCCAAGGUUUGUGGGGCCGCUCGCAGUCUAUGCCAGAAGACAUGCGCAAGGUGGACAUGGCGUGGGUCUGCACGCGAUUACAUUUGGACAUCUUUGAAUAUCCGAAAUGGGGCGACCAAGUCGUCGUAAAGACGUGGUUUGAGUCGCAAGGUAGAGUAGCCGCCCGAAGAGACUGGGAUUUGGUCAACAACGAAACAGAAAAACGCGUGGGUAAGGCUACGAGUCAAUGGAUAGCGUUUAAUUUGAAAACGCGAAGAAUGGGUCGAAUUCCAUCGCAAGUCGUCGAGGAUUUUCAAUUACAACAGUGGUGCAACGAACCAAUCAUGGGAAGCGAAUACGAAGUAGAAAAGUUGCCAGAUGCGAGAGAUAUUGGUGCGAUUGAAGGAUCGCAGUGCUCGGUCCCGGUAGUGCAUUACACGAGAAGAAGUGAUUUAGAUAUGAAUGGACACGUAAAUAACUGCAUCUACACGGAAUGGUUGUUAGAGUCAGUGCCGCAAUCGUACCGGGACGAGUACGAGUUGAAAGAGUUAAUCAUCGAGUUCAAAGCAGAGUGUAAUUUUGGGGACGUUAUCGAAGCCGUGUGUUGCGAAGAUACCUCUUCAAACGUUGGAGACAGCGUUUUCUUGGCGCACACGUUGACGAAAAAGAGCGACGAAAAACAAACCGAAGUCGUGAGAGCGCGAACGAUAUGGGCAAAGCGAUGA